UACUACGAUCGAACGCGACUAUUUGUCACACAAAAUUAUAUUCUCUAUUUCACUUUGAUGUGAAAUUUUGAUACUUUUGGAUACACAUUGCCUGUCACUUACAUGAAAGCCCAUAUCGCAAUCGUUGCAUAGUUUUAUUUUAAUUUUUCGUUUAAAUUUUUAAUUUAAUUUUUUUUUUUCGUUCGUUGUUCGGUGUGCUAUAUCGUUUUGUGAAUUUUUCAUCAUCAUCGUCGAAUGUGUCAAAUAGUUUAAGUAAGUAAUGAAUGUGAAAUAAAAGCUUCGCACAAAACGAGAGUUACUGAAAUUUAAGAGGAAAGCAAAAUAUAAGAAAAAAAAGAAGGAGAAGGAAAAUAAGAGUGUAAAAAAGAGGUUGUGCAAAAUAAAUGUGCCGCAUUGUACGAAUCAGCAACAGCAAAUAAGAAAAUUGACGACAAAAAGGAGCCCUCGACGCCAAUAUUUGUCUAUUUGCGAGUCAACUUAUUUUAUUGCGAGUAUUUCGCACAUGAGAGUGUCUUAUACAUAUGUUAUAACUGUGAGCAAUACACAUAUUUCAGUGCUCAGUGCCAACAAAUAAAGAAGUUGACGAGAAACGUUUAUUUUUUUUUACUCAUUCAUUUCGUUGUGUGCAAAUUGUAAAAGAGACGAUUUGUUUCAAAAUAUAUUAUUCAUUUUGUUUGUGAGAAGAAAAAAAACGAAGCAAAAAAAAGUACCGAAACGUAGUGAAAGAGUUUACCUUAAAGUAAAGCGGAACCAAACGUACGAGACAUCAAAAAGGUGAAGCGCGGCUUGUGCUUAUUAUCACUACAUUAAUUGGGAGUCAAUAAGAUUCAAGAAUUAUUUGCAUCAGUGAAGUGUAAAUUGCGUCAACAAGUAUUCGUUUGAAAGAAUCAAGAGUAUUCAUUGAGUAUCGGCAACACGAGAUAUUUUCAAUUGCCAUCAUUUUUCAAUGAAUCGCCAAUAAUAUUGGUAUUUUGAGGGAGCAGCAUUGAAGUUCACUUAGUGCAAGUGAAAUAUGUGUUGAAAAAACAGUGUUUCGGCUACAAUUUCAAGUGAAAUUGGAGUUUAAAAAAAACAAUAGAACAAAAAAAAGUGUUUGAAAGGAAAAAAAAAAAACAAGUGUUCGAACGACAACAAAAAAAUUCCGUCGAUCUUUGCGUAUCACAUUUGCAUGUGGAAAAGAUAUCUUUCCAUAAAAUAACCGUGUAUAUAUAUAGCAAAUCAACAGAAAAGUUGAGAAAUCGCAGUCGAUGCUCGCGUGAUCGAAAAAUAUUUAAAAAAAAUGUAUUUGUCGGUAUUAUUACAGAGCAGAUGUUUGGCGAUUGUAUUUUGUAGUCUGAUUACGGUCAGUCAGGCAAAUGUCGAUAUGCCCCAAUCAUCCCAAUUCCAUCAUCAAAGUAAUAGUAAUCCACAAUAUUCACAUUAUAAAUCGCCAUCGCCGUCAUCACAAUCGGGCGGAACAGUGCCGAAAGUGCCGACGCCGCAUCAUCACCAACAACAGCAUCACGGUAAUUCCUACACGAUGCUAAGCAAAGCAAUGUCAGAAGCAGUUAGCCAUGAAUUCAGCGGGUCUGGCGUCAGCGGUUCAGCAGAUGGAGCAUGUUUGGCAGAAGAUGUUGAAUGUGCCGAACAUGAUCGUCUCGGUAUGGAAGCCAUUCGAUCGUUGCAUCAACAACUCGACGACGAUGAAAACGGCAACAUUGAUCUAUCUGAAUCAGAUGAUUUCCUGCGCGAAGAACUGAAAUACGAUUCAGGUUAUGAAAAAAGACAUAAAACCUUUCAUUACAACGAUGACACACAGAUCUCUGUGAAGGAGUUGUGGGAAGCUUGGCUGCGGUCUGAGGUACACAAUUGGACGGUUGAACAAACAACGGAUUGGUUAGCCGAAAGUGUUCAAUUGCCGCAGUAUGUUGAAAUAUUCCAAAAACACAAAGUAAACGGUCAAACAUUGCCAAGACUUGCAGUACAUAAUAUGCACUAUGUUAGCAAUAUCCUAGGCAUUCGUGAUCCAAUACAUAAGCAAAAGAUUGCCCUCAAGGCUAUGGAUGUUGUACUUUUCGGUCCACCAAGAGAAACUGGAACUCGCUGGAAGGAUUAUAUUUUGGUGACAUUGUUAUUAAGUGCAAUUAUUGGUUGUUGGUACGCCUAUCAACAAAAUAAAAGUGCCAAACGUCAUUUGCGGCGCAUGGCCAAAGAUAUGGAAGGAUUGCAAAAAGCAGAAAUAGCACUGGCAGAUAUGCAAAAAGAAUUAGAGCAAGCCCGUUUAGAGCAAGAAAACGUAGCGACUGAAAAGCUGGACUUAGAACGUCGUCUCAAAGAAGCACCAUCGCUGUCAUCGUCCAGUUCAGAUUUGGAAGUGCAGCAAUUGAAAGCCGAAAUAGAAAUGUUACGUUCCGAAUUGUCACGUGCCGAAGUGGAGUUGGUUGAUCAUUGUUGGACACCACCGCCAGCCUUACAGUCGUGGCUUCAGUUAACUUAUGAACUCGAAAGUAAACACACACUUAAAAAACGUGUUAUGGCCGAAAAGCAAUUACAAGUCGCCCGAGACGCGUGUGAAAAAUUGAAACGGAAACGUAGCAGUUUGGUGGGUGCAUUUGUGUCAACGCACGGUAAAAGCAUCGAUGAUGUCGAUCGCAGCAUCGUUGAGGCGAGAAAUGCGCUGAGUGAAGUGACCAAUGAACUGCAAGAACGGUUACACCGUUGGAGACAAAUUGAAAUGCUAUUGGGUUUUGGCAUUGUCAACAAUAAUGGUAUUGCCUAUCUAGAGAGUGUACUAUACAAUCGUAACGGAGCUGGCAAAUCGCUACGAUCACGAAUUUCAGGAAGCCAAGAUGAAUUAGAUGAUGAAUCGGUUCAAGCGUCGUCUACAACCAUCUCCUCAGGUCUCAAAGCGCAGACUUGGUCCCCGUGGAGCCCGCGACAUCAAACUCUUUAUCGAACCAAUACCAACACUGCGAUAACCAACCAAAGUCUUUCGAGUCUCAACAACAAUUGGACGACAAUUCAACCGAUUCGUCGAGCAUCGAUGACGAGCUCAAGAAGCACCGACGAAAAUUGCGCUUCCCGUUUGGAAAGAAAACCUUUCAAAAGAACAAACACAUUUGACACGGAACUUCUAUCAUUGGCCGUUAAAACCAUUACACAGCGAUCGAGUAUGAACAAUAGUUGUGAUGCCGAUUGCAUAGAUAAUUCAUCGUCAUCGUCAUCAUCAUCUGUCGAAAAAUCGGGAAGCAUUGAAAAUGUCUCAACUCGUAGCAAUCCAUUUUAGGGUUUAUUUAAAUUUUAUAAAGACACUAGUGCUGUAGGUCAUCAUUUAAAUUCGAUCUUCGUUUUUUUUUUUUUUAAAUUGGUAAUGUGCUUGCAUUAGCAUAAUAAUCAAAUAGGAGAAGAAGAAAAUCAAUUGACCGACCGGAAUGUACAUAGAUUACUGUAUUGGACUUCAAUUUAAGCAAAUUAUUAUUGAAAUUAGAUGCUAAGAAUUGUAGAAAAAAAUAUUAACAAAAACGAUGCACAAUUUCUUAUAUUUAGAUUUUAAUAAUUCCGGUUGAUUUUGUAUAAAAAAAAAGAUGUGUAAGACAAAAAGGAACUCGCUUGAAAGUUGUUGACGAAAAGGGGCGAUUAAUAUUUGGCCAAAAAUUUUUCAUAUCAGCAUUACUUUUGAGCGUUGUUUUUCCUUUGGUGUAAGACUUGUGUUGAUUUGAUCAAGUUCAGAAUAUUUAUUUAUACUCACAAUUUGACGUUGUUAUCUAAUUUCUAAAGUACUAUUACAGUCGAACAGACAGUUUUAGACAUAAAUAAUAUGGGGAAAAUGGCCAUGACUGAUACGAACUUGUAUUUAAAAAAACAAACAUGCUGAUCACAAUUUUAUGUUUUCCCCAGUGUUAAUUAAUAUGAGACAAUGGCAAAGAAAUAAUGAUUGAACUUUUAUUUUAAUCAACUUGUUGGCAUCAAACAACAACAUCCGAACAAUUCGACAAUAAUAGCAAUUGCGUUUGACCCACUCAAAUUCCAAUACAUCAAAAUGUCGUACUUAAAAAUCAAGAAAAACAAAACAUAUUCAAAAAACAAAGAUAUCAAACAAUCACUUAGAAGCAAAAUUUUAUUUUAAAAAAUCGAUCAUGAAAGGUUUUUAUUGGUACAUUUUUAUGGUACAUAAGUCUUCCCUUCGAAAUUUCAUGAGAUGUAUACUUGUUUUUCAUAAACCUACUAAAUACAUGGACAAUUUGGUAAGUUCGAAUGUUCGGAAUGUCUUCAAAUUGAAAUGUAAAUUGAAUAUAGUUGUAUAUUGUGAUAUUUGUUCAUCCGAAAACUUCAUUCCCCUUUAACCAAUUUACGUUUUCAUCUAAUAAGCAAAACCAUAGAGAAAAAUAUUUUUUUUUUUUUAUUUUGGGAGUUUAAAAUAGUCUCGUGGUUUUUUGCCUCAAAAGAUCAUUUUUUGUGCUUGAGAGGUGUUGAAUAUAACCAUUAUUUCUAUCCGGCGAAAAAAGUUUUUCGGGUACAUAGCAAACACCACUGGUUAACAAAAAUGGAAUUAUUUGCCACCUUUAAAGGUGGCAAGGGACAACAUUUUGUCCAUCGGAAAAGUGCUUCGGACAAAAUGUUAAUCAAACGAAUUUGUCACUAAUUUCGUACAGGCACCUUUUGGCCACCUUCUGUCGAGGAUGAAAAAUCAAGUACUUUUACAUACUUUUUCAUAAAUAACAGCGCUGUUUUAGCAGCAUGUGGGAAGAAAUCAGCGCAAAAAUUUUUGAACUCUCAAUGUUAAUUUCACGUUACUUUUAUUUUAAAUAAAUUUGUCAAUAUUUAGUUGUAUUUAGGUGCAAUUGGAUUGGGAACCUAGUAAGAGACAUAUUGAACGUUUCCACAGCAAUAAUUUCUGUCUAUGUAAAGAAUGUGUUCAUAUUUCACUCCAAUUUACAAUUUAAUUUAGUGAAAUUGGAUAGCUGUGCUUUGGCCCAUCCAAUCAUUUAUUACUUAAUGCAAAUGGGUGCUUUAAAUAAAAAUUUAAUUUAUUUUUAUUUGCUCGUGUACAAUUUCACGCUGCACUGAAGAAAUGAUGUAUUCGAUAUGUCUGGCAAAUGAACUUCCUAAUUAUCUUAAGAUUUUACUUUGGAAAUAAAAGUGGCACGAACAACGAAUUCAACAAAAUCAAAUUGAAUAAUAUUAAUUUCAACAUUAAUUCUUUAUAUACUUAAAUUGAAUUUAAAUUUUUAUUUAGAGCAAUAGAAUUUCAAGAGAAAAAAAAAUACAGAAU